GGACGGUGCAGACCAACAUGGUCAUUUACGAAUUUCGAGACACAAGCCGGCUGUCGCCACUCACCUUCUGCGUGCGCCUCGACCAGGUGACGAAGAGGGAGUACGAUGAUCUCCAGCAGGCCGUCACGGUGAAGAUGAUUCCCAUCAGCCUGACCAAGGCCCGCGCUGUCCUCUACAACGGCGUCAGCGCGGACGACGUUGACGCGGCGCUGGUGAAGAUGCGUUACGUCAUCGAGGAACUGUGCCAGUCCGCCGGAAUACCGACAAAUGUUGCCGGCGGAGGCGUGUGCCUCUCCCGGUGGCCGCCGUCAGUGACGAUCGUUGUCCAGUCGCUCCCAAAUGCAAACGACCCCGUGGUGCUGACCCAUGCGUGCCAAGCACCUGCCACGUCGACCGCCGAAGAGGGACGUCCGUUACACUCACAACGCAGUCCGAACACUUUCUUGCCUUAUGUCAACAGUCAUCCUCUCGUGCUGCCACAGCUGCUGUCGCUCCACGUACCAAGAUCGAAGGUGUCCCACUGCCGCCACGGCACGACUGUGGUCCUCCCCUUUAUCGUGUCGACGUUGGUUCUGAACCUGCUGCCCCUACUGGCCUGUGCGCUUCUGCACUACCACAAAAUUGGGUUUCCGCGGGUGUCUGCAUCGCAGCCAACGAAUCGCGGCCAGGACUGCGUCGUUAGCGCCUGGAUGUCCACCGAAGAACAGUCGACUACGCGGCGGUAG